CUUUAAAAGAACACCGUACCUAAGGUUCUUGUUUUAACUAGAUAAAUUCUCUCUUGUUUUUCCUCUUCCUCUUUGCGAAGUCGCAAAUUCUUGGCAAUUGUGAGGGGGCCGAGAAUUGAAUAAAGAGGAGGUGACAGCGUUACUGAUGGCAAGAACGAAAACCCAUUAGCAGAAAGUGAAAGCUGAUUGAGAGUGAGAUAGAGAGUAAAUACCAACUUGUCUAAUGGCCUCUUGUUCCUUCUUUUUUUUUUCUCAUGGGGAUUGACGAAACAAUUUAACCAUUUUAAGCCUUUCUGCCUGAAACCGACGCCUUUCUUGUCCAUAUAGAUAUUCGUCUUUUUGCCCUAAAGGGCCGGGUUUCUUCUUCAUGUUGCCUGCUGAUCGUUUGGCGUUUAAAUGGGUUAAUUCUGUUGGGAAUUGAUUCUUAUUCUUGUUGAAGGAAUAAGAGAAAAAGAUUAGAACGAGAGACAGAGACAGAGACAGAGACAUAGAGAACAACCCUGUUUUUCGUUCAAUAUUCCUGUCAUGGAGGCUACAGAGAUAUAGGAGGCAUUUCAAUUCCCCAAGUGUGUGUUUGAGUGUUGAUGUCAGUUUUUUUUUUUUUUUUUCAUUUAAAAAUUCUCUUUUUUUUUCUUCUCUGGUUUAUGAGCAUGAUAGUGUUCUACUUCAGAAUCUGUAAAGGUGGCUAUUGUGAGUUGUGACAAUUGCUUGAAAAGAUCUACUGUCAUCCCUUGGAUAGUCUAACUGUAGUGAUUUCAGUGGGCGUGCAGUGACUUUGAAGUGCUGAGAAUUAUCAGGUAGAAAGGAAGUUAUGUUGAGGAAUAGAUCUAGAGCAGUAACAAGCAAGCAAGCUUUAAUGACUGAUCACAGUUCUCAGUCUCCUCCAAUCCAGAACCAAACAAAACCAACUCCAUCUUUCUUUUGUUCUCCAAGGUUCAAAGCUUUAACCUUCAAGGGUAUUCCUGAAGCUGAGGCUGUGAUUAGUCCUACCUCAGUUCUUGACUCUACUAAAUCCCUCUCUCCCUUCAAAAACCCCUUUUGGUAUGACAUGAACCAACUUAAAUCUCCAAGAGUUUCCUCAGAGAACCAACACUCCUGGGACAAAGUAGAUUCCAAAGGCAUUGGUGUUGCACUUAUUGAUGAAAAACCCGACGUAAAGAACGAUAGCUCUUUUUCUAAACCCAAAAACACAAUGGUCUUGUUUGGAACCAGUCUGAGAGUCCAAAUUCCUCCACUUGCAAACGUUGUGCUUUCUCCAACAGGAUCGCCAAAAUCCCCAGCUGAUUUUGGAAUCAAAACUAGGAAUUCUCAGUUAUCAGCAUCUGGGUAUUCUGGAAUCCAAACAAACGAUUCUCCUAGAGUGCUCACAGGAUGUAUAUCUAUGAGUGAGAUAGAGCUCUCUGAGGACUAUACAUGUGUGAUAUCUUAUGGUCCUAAUCCAAAAACCACUCAUAUAUUUGAGAACUGUGUUUUGGAGAAUUGUUCUAUAUCAGAUAAGUCCAACACUGCCCCAGAGAGUUUCCUCAGUUUCUGUCAUACAUGCAAGAAGAAUCUGGAAGAGAAAAAUGACAUUUUUAUUUACAGAGGUGAAAAGGCUUUUUGCAGUCAAGAAUGCCGGUACCAAGAAAUGCUGUUAGAUGGGGUGGAGAAUUGAGAAUUGAAUGAUGCUUAAAAGAGCUGUUCUUGAUUCUCUGUCACCGCUUUAAGAGUCAUCAGAAGCCAAAUCUUUCUAUAACAUAUUUUUGAUUUUCAGUUUUUCCAUUCUUUGAUGCUUAACAGUUGAGAAUGAUCAAUUGUACGACCAAAGAUUGGCUGCUCUUUCUUUUAUUCUAGGUUUUUUUUUUUCCUUUUUUCUUUUCUUUAGCCCUCUCACCUGCAGAUAGUGAUAAGAGAGGACGAGAUAUUGUAAGAGUAGAAUUUGUUUUAAGUGAUGACUAAUUUUGAUAGCCUCUGUACUUUACCCAAAGUUUUUGUCCUUCUAGUGGAUGAUGAUGUAAGAUUGAAGACUUGCCUAAGCUGCAGCUUCUUUUUAAAUAUAGUAUGAUCGUUUGCAU